CUUGUGUAAAUUGUGAUUUUCGCUUUCAAGCUAAAUAGCGCUACUACGAAAGUGAAAAUAUUGCGCAAAAUUGUACCUAUCCGGCCACAGUUGCAGUGAAACCUUGCACUAUAUUAUUUAAUUCAACCAUUUAAGAGGUUUCUCACGAUUAAACUCGUUCAAUUCUACGCCAAAAUGGGGAACGGUUCCGAUUCAGACGUGAUUUUGGACUCGGCCAUGGACAAAACAAAGAAGAAAAGACACAAGCACCACAAGCAUGGACACAAAAGUCACAAGAACAAGAAGCACGCCGCAAGCGAUAAAAUAGAAAAGAAAGUACACAAAAAACACAAGCACAAGCACAAAUCUAAGCACGGUAAGUCGUCGAAAAGCGAGAAGCCGGUGGCCGAGGAGCCCGUUGUCGAGCAAGUGGUGCAGAUGCUGCCCGUCAAGACCAUCACCACCACCACCACCAACGGCAACGGCAUCAGCAACGCUUUGAAUCCGGUUGUAAUAUCCGAGGACGAGGAUAGUGACGUUGUUGUCCGGCCCAACAGCGACUCGGAGGACGUCGACGUCGGUAUUAUCGAGGAUGAUAUUGACCUGGAAGAUCUCAUGAAGCAGAAGGCUCUUCUGCAAGCUUGCCUUGGUGCUAUUCAUUCGGACGAAGAGGAGAGCGUGUCGCAAGAGAAGAGCGACAUCAAAAUCAAAAAGGUGCCGCAGGUAAUCACCCUUUUGGACGACGACGACGAGAAAAAAGAGAGCAAGCCUAUGGCAAGGAGGGAAAGGGAUGAUAAGGUUAUUUCAGACAGGCACCGCGACGAUAGGAAUGACAGACGCAGGGAGCCCGAACGAUCCGUUGAGAGAAACAGGGACAGGAGGCUGGACAACCGAGGAAACCGACACCCAGAACCCAUGAGAGAUUCGAGGCGAGAUGACGAGCGAAAAAUGCGCGAAGAUCGGCGCCAAAGGGAAAUGCGCGAACGCGAAGCGAGAGAGGCCGAUCGACGGCGACGGUCGCCGCCGCAGAGACGCGGCAGUCCGCGCCGAGACGCCGGACGGGACAGGUACCGGCGGUCGCGCUCGCCCAGGAAUCGGCGGGGCCGCGACGAACGCGGCCGGAAGAGCGAAAGGAACGACAAGUUCAAAGGCAGUCUCUCCGAGGGACUGAAAGUGGACGCUUCGUCCUCUUCAGACGAGGAGGAUCUGUACAAUUUGAACCUGGAAGAGGAGGAGGAGGACGAGGAGGCGAUAAUAGAGAAGCGGCGCAAGCAGCGGGAGGAGCUGCUCAAGCGGCUGGGCGCCAGCGACUCUGCCCCCAGCAGCGCCGUCAACAGCCCCCAGCAGCCGCCUCCGAAGGAACCUACGCCCUCUCCGGAACCGGAACCAGAGCCGGUCGUGCAGGAGCCGCCGCCGAGAAAGAGGAGGAAGUUCGAGGACGCGCCGCCGCAGGAAGAGGAUGCCUCUGCUAAGGAGACUGAUAAAAGUGAGAAGCAAGCCGCCAAGAAGAAGGAUUGGGACAUGUUUGCAGAGACCGACACUUUUGGACAGUCAUUUAAUAAGCCGGGAGUGGUGGAGGACGGUUUGGAAAACCCGAGUCUGACGGACAACUGGGACGACGCCGAGGGCUACUACCGCGUGAGGAUCGGAGAGACGCUGGACGCUCGUUACGCGGUGUACGGCUACACCGGCCAGGGCGUGUUCAGCAACGUGGUGCGGGCGCGCGACGCUGCCAGGGCCAAUCAGGACGUGGCCGUAAAAAUUAUCAGAAACAACGAGAUCAUGCACAAGUCGGGUCUCAAGGAGCUCGAGAUCCUGAAGAAGCUGAACGACGCCGACCCCGAGGACCGCUACCACUGCGUCCGGCUCUUCCGCCACUUCUUUCACAAGCAACACUUGUGCAUGGUUUUCGAGCCGCUCUCGAUGAAUCUGCGAGAGGUGCUCAAGAAGUACGGAAAAGACGUCGGUCUGCACAUUAAAGCCGUCCGCUCGUACUGCCAGCAACUCUUUCUGGCGCUCAGGCUCCUCAAGAAGUGCAAUAUUCUACACGCAGACAUCAAACCGGAUAAUAUCCUGGUUAAUGAAAGCAAGUUGGUGUUGAAGCUGUGCGAUUUCGGCUCAGCUUCCCACGCAAACGAGAACGAGAUUACUCCUUAUCUGGUCAGCAGGUUCUACAGAUCACCUGAAAUUAUUCUCGGUAUUCCAUACGACUUUGGAAUCGACAUGUGGUCAGCGGGGUGCACCAUCUACGAACUCUACACUGGCAAGAUCAUGUUCGCCGGCAAGACAAACAACCAGAUGCUAAAGUUCUUCAUGGACCUGAAGGGCAAGUUCCCGAACAAGCUGAUCCGCAAGGGUGCAUUCAAAGACAACCACUUCGACUCGAACUGCAACUUUUUGUCGCACGAAAUCGACAAGGUGACCGAGAAGGAGAAGACGGUGGUGAUGUCGACCAUCCAGCCGACCAGGGACCUGGCCCACGAGCUGAUCAACAACCAAAGCCUGCCCGAGGACCAGUUCAAGAAGGUGUCGCAGCUGCGCGACCUGCUCGACAAGAUCCUGAUGCUCGACUCGAGCAAACGCUGCUCGAUAAACCAGGCUCUCACUCAUCCCUUCAUCCAGGAGAAGUUCUAGGCUAGGCUAAGGCUAGCUCUCACUUGUCUCGUUAGAAAGCAGUGCAAUGCGUGUCGUCGUUUAAUCCUAAUAAUUAUUGUGUUCGCUGUCGGUCGCGAUUUUGUUCACUGUGAGCAGAGUACACAAUACAGAUGAUAAUUUUUAAAACUUGCAAAACAGAUGUUCAACUUUAUAUUACCGAUAUUUUGCCCUUGAAAAUAAAAAAGCAUAUCGUUUAUGAUAUA